UAUAAAAAUUAUGUUUAAUGUUAAUGUUUUGUUUAUGCACAAAAUAAAGAUUGUCAAAAGUAAAGGACUAUUAUGUAAAUAAAAAAGCUUAACAUUAAAAUGAGGUUGUGAAUAGUGUUCCCUCAAAUUUGAGGGAAUACUGUUCAUAUUCUCAUUUUUUUUCCUUCAAAAUGAAAUACUAUUGGAGAUGGAUUUCCCUCAUUUUUUGAUAUUUUCCCUCAUUUUGAUGCACCAUUGGAGAUGCUCUUACACUUACAUCUGAGAGCUUUGUUUUGUGGUAUAUCCUCCAAGCUUUGUUCAACUCAAUUUUGUCACUCUAAUUCAUUGAUUUCUCUAGUGAAUUUCAGUGCAUAACUAAUCUUAUUUUCCCCCCCAUUUUUAUGUUUUAUAGUUGCAGAGUGUUGAUUCUAAAGGUGGAUGAAGAAGAAUCAUCUAAGAUUUAGCACUAGUGAAUGCAAUAUAGAGCCAUUGCUUUGAGGUUGCAAAGAUGGUGAGGCAACAAAGAGCCUCUACGGUUCAUGAGGAUAGAUAUCAUCGACGCAAAGAUGAGCUGGUGAAGCGUGAUAUGUUGGAUCCACCAAGCUAUCUUCGACGAAGAAGAACUCAAGAUAUCCGUGGAAAGGCCUUGAGUUUUUGGUGUUUUGGAUUGGAAACAGUUUGAACAUUCCAAGGUGGAUUCUACUUCACAAGGAACCGAAGGAACUUUGUGUAGUUAUGACACUGAUCCAAUGGAAGCUUCUACAAGCUCCUUGGAGCUAGAUUUAUACAUACCGUCAUCGGUAAAAUGAAGACUAACUCGGACUCAGCAACGCGCAAAUCAGAAUCUGUUUUGUUCGGUGUUGAGACAAACGAAGAGGUUGCAGCUAUUGUUCAGACAAGAAACAGAGUUCAGAAGCAGAGUAUAACUAGUGUUAUACUCCCGAGUGGAGCUCACACACUUCCUAAAGACGGUAACACCACCCCUUUGACGUUGAUUAAGCGGUGGGAGUCCGGUGGAUCAUGCGACUGCGGUGACUUGGACAUAGGUUGCAAACUCCGUGUCUUGUCUAAUGAUCAUCGUACAAAGUCUCAAACUUUCUCUAGUUUUCAACUGUUUGAUCAUCAGGAAAAAACUGAACCAGCCUUCAAGAUGGUGACACGCGACAAUGAACUCCACUCUGCUGAGUUCGGUUCAACGGUCUUUAUAUUGGAAGCGUUCUUUAUCUCGUUGGCAGUAAGAAAUUAUCAGAACUGGUGUGAAGAGGAGGAAGAAGUGGUUUUGAAGAGACAAACAUCGAACAAGUACGCAUCAAACCCACCGGUUUCUCCGAUCGGUCGGGUAUAGUGGAAAUCAUCUGGUUGAGCUGGCUAGAAUUUAAUACAACUGUAGUUACGAUUUUAUAUAACAUAACAUAAUAGUUUAUAGUUUGCACUGCAGUGUAUAAAAAUAGUGAAAAUGCAUUUUUGUACCUUCAACAUCUUCAAAUCAGCUAAUAAAAAACAAACCAUCAAAUCAUUAUUGGUUAAUUUAAGCUUAUAUCUAGUUAUUAAUGGACUAAUACUACAUGGAUCUAAGUAUGAAUCUACCUCUUAUAUCAGUCUAAAGGUAAGAAAAUUAACUAUUUGUUAUGUGGUUUGCUUGAAUGUUAACAACAUAUGAGGGUUGCUGCUUCGAAUUGAAGAUUAUAAGAUACAUUCAUUGUUAAAUAACUUUGGUGUUGAAAAUUAUGAUAGAUUUUUCUUACUUCCCAUUUCAAUACAUAUGAUGAUUUAAGGAAGUUUUGUCGUUGUUUUCACAAAUCCAAUUUUUUUUUUUUAUCAAUUGUAUUUUUAUUAUUUUAUAUUAAUAUUUAAAUAAAUUAGUUAUCUGUGCAUUGAGUUAAAUGUCAUAUAAUAUGAACCGAAAGAGUAUUUAACAUGAUAUAAAAAUUCUUUUAAGAAAACAUUAUUUAAAAUUAGUAUCUAAUAAAAUAAUUGUAACUAGUGGACUUAUACUACAUUCAUUUUGAUAAAUAAUUUUGAGUUGAAAAUUAUGAUACUUUUUAUUUAACGUGAUGAACAUUCUAAAGAAAUCAUUAUUUAAAAAAUAGAAAGAAUAGUUUUUUUUUCUUAGCAUUUUACCAAAAAAAAAAAUAGUUUUUUUUUUUGGUUUAGUUGAGGAUAAUAGACAUCUAGACAGACAACUCGACUGAUGUGAGGAUACAACCGUAUUUGACAGACAUGCUUCACUGCUUUACCCAACUACACACAGUCCCACAUGCUCCUUCCUCCAAAAUCAUGUCCCACCACGUGUAGUGUUAAUCCUAAAUUAAUAAUUUUAAACCUUU